GGGGGCUGGGAACAGAGAACGGCUUAAAUAUGAGCGACCAGCUUCUCCCAGCAUCCAUCCAGCUCUCCGUCAUGCUCUGCUCCACGCUCUUCCUGACGGUAUCAUGUGUGCUGAUAACUUCAGCUGGCUCCCAGAAGCUUCACGUUGUGGCGUGUGAAGGAUCAGUGGCUCAGCUGAAGUGUGAGAACGGUGAGGUAAUAUCUGUGACCAGUGCUACAUACGGACGCAGAGACCAGCAGACAUGCACCGCUGGACGACCCGCCAACCAGAUAACCAACGUCCAAUGCUCCAGGAGCUCAGACAGCGUUGGCCAGAGCUGCAACGGGAAGCAGAGCUGUUCUAUCACAGCAGCAAACUCUGUGUUUGGAGAUCCCUGCGUUGGAACCUACAAGUACCUGGAGGUGGAGUACACCUGUCAAAACCCUGAAAGAAAACCUCAGAGUGGUCCCACUGUGGCAUGUGAGGGAUCAGUGGCUCAACUCCAGUGUGACGGAGGAAAGGUUAUAUCUGUGACCAGUGCUACAUACGGACGCAGAGACCAGCAGACAUGCACCGCUGGACGACCCGCCAACCAGAUAACCAACGUCCAAUGCUCCAGGAGCUCAGACAGCGUUGGCCAGAGCUGCAACGGGAAGCAGAGCUGUUCUAUCACAGCAGCAAACUCUGUGUUUGGAGAUCCCUGCGUUGGAACCUACAAGUACCUGGAGGUGGAGUACACCUGUCAAAACCCUGAAAAAAAACCUCAGAGUGGUCCCACUGUGGCAUGUGAGGGAUCAGUGGCUCAACUCCAGUGUGACAAAGGUGAGGUUAUAUCUGUGACCAGUGCUACAUACGGACGCAGGGAUCAGAAGACAUGCACCGCUGGACGACCCGCCAACCAGAUAACCAACGUCCAAUGCUCCAGGAGCUCAGACAGCGUUGGCCAGAGAUGCAACGGGAAACAGCUUUGUAACGUCGAAGCCAGUAACUCGAUGUUUGGAGAUCCCUGCGUUGGAACCUACAAGUACCUGGAGGUGGAUUAUAUUUGUUACGCUUUUCUGACUGGGUGAAACCGUCAUCAGGUCUCCUGUGUUCUGGAUGAAAUUCAUAAUAAUCAGGAAUAUCUACAGCAUUGAUUAGCAGCUUAAUGUCUCUUCAAAUUAAAUUUAAAUACUUUAUUGGUCUCAAGGGGAAAUUUUCUACUCUUUUCUUUCUUUUAAGUUUUCUCAACCCGUUUUGCAUUUUUAUUUCAAUUUUUCAUGAAUAAACCUGACUUGCAUUUA